GCAGAAGAUCCAGAAAUAGAUGGCUGGAAAUAGGCGAAGGAUGUUGGAAAGAGUAGAAAGAACAGAGCCAAAUAUAUUCCAGAUUCAACGCUUACGCAACUGGGAGUCAUUUGUCCAACGAACUGCACAUGUUAUCCAUAUUUUAGAGAUAAAACACACUCGAGCUGCAACAGGUAUCUUAAAGUUGUUUACAGAUAAAAACCCAAACUAUGCCCUUUUCUCACCAACUGACAACCGAGUCCCACGGAUGAAAAUACCAAUGUUCCAGUGUCCUCCAGACUUCAUGGCAAGAAACCAGGACUACCUUGCCAGAAUAUUUCUAGCAAGGAUAACUCAGUGGAAAGAACCAAAAUUUGCCCUAGGGAUAGAGAACUUGUGCGAGACGUGGGAGCUGUUGGAGACAUUGAAGCUGAGACUGAAGUUUUUCUUACAGGAAUAUGGCAUUGAUCACAGAGAAUUUCCAGAGGAGGUCACGAAACACUUGCCACAGUUGCCAUGGUCCAUUCCUGCUGAGGAGAUAGCUGCUCGGACAGACUUACGAAAUCAAUGCAUCUUCACCAUUGACCCUUCAACAGCAAGGGACCUUGAUGAUGCUGUAUCAUGUGUUCCUCUAGAGAAUGGGAACUUCCGAGUGGGAGUCCACAUUGCAGAUGUUAGUUACUUCAUCCCAGAACAAUCAUCGUUGGACAUAAUGGCGUCACAAAGAGCCACAAGUAUCUACCUCACUGAGAAAGUGAUCCCUAUGUUGCCGGAGGUCUUGUGUCAAAACCUCUGCUCACUGAACCCAGGUGAAGACGCCUGGCAGUUUUCAGUGAUAUGGGAACUUACACCAGAUGAGAUUUUAGGGGAAUGGUUUGGUCGCACUGUUAUCCAUUCAUGUGUUAAGCUGGCUUAUGAACAUGCGCGUAUGAUUGAGGAGCCACAUCGACAGUGGACCAAGGAGGAGAUUCCAGAGGUAUUUUGUGGCUAUUCAACCAGGGACAUCAGCAUAGUUAACAACUUACAGUCAUUAGCUGUGAAGUUGAGAGAAAGAAGGUUCAAGAAUGGUGCCCUACGUUUAGAUCAAGUGAAGAUUUCUUUUAAUCUUGAUUGGGAAACAAAAAUGCCCAAUGGCUUUCAUACACAGGAAUUAAAGGAGAGUAAUAGACUCAUAGAAGAGUUUAUGUUGCUUGCAAAUAUCACAGUUGCUCACAAGACUUAUGAAGUCUUUCCUGAUGUAGCAUUGUUGAGACGUCAUCCUCCUCCAAUUUCAAAUCCCAUGAAGAAUGUGGUUGACACUCUUGCAACAAUGGGUAUUAUCUUGGACCCUACAUCUUCAGGAUCUCUGUUCGACUCGAUUAAUAAGUAUGUUGGAAAGGAUAAGUAUAGUACUGCACGGCUACAAGUUAUAACAUCUAUGUGCAGUAAACCAAUGCAGUUUGCAAGAUAUUUUUGCACUGGGGUGCUUGGUGAUGAAAGACUCUUUCAUCAUUAUGCUCUGAAUGUUCCCCUUUACACACAUUUUACAUCACCUAUCCGUCGGUAUGCAGAUUUGAUAGUUCACCGUUUGCUUGCAGCUGUAAUUGAUCCAGCUAGGUGCCGAAAACCAGAAAUAACCAAGAAAGCCGUAAACAAGAAAGCUGAGCAUUGCAAUGACAGGAAACAGACUGCAAAGACUUUACAGGAAAUAAGUAGUGAAUUGUACAUGGCACUUUUCAUCAAACGGGCUGGAGAGAUGGUGGAGGAAGGCAUGGUGAUGGCUAUUUUAGAUCAUAGCUUUGAUGUUUUGGUGUUAAACAUUGGAAUGGUAAAGAGAGUUUACACAGACAAGCUUCCACUUCUGAACAUAAAACAUGUCAAGUCAAAAGGAAAAAGUUCAUUAACCUUGUACUGGGGAGCAGAUGAACAUGGGAAGACCACGGAGCAAAAACUUACUCUGUUUAGCUUAGUCACAGUCACCCUUACGCCUGUUGACGGAAAUGCACUUAAGUUCAAUGCCGUUUUAGUAAGACCAUCCUAGUGGUAAUUUUACAUUGGCUUAGGGUCAUGUUCUAAGGUUUUAUUUUUUAUUAGAUUUAUAAUUGCUCUUGGUUUAAAACAUUACAGAGGCAGUUUUAUAGUGAGAACUAAACAUUUUGUAAUAGUUAUCAACUUGUUUGGAUAGAUCUGUUUUGGAAAUUUAGAUAUAGUAAUGCUUUUAUACAUUUCACACAAGGAUUUUGUAUUGUUGAUAUAAGUUUUAGCAUCUUGUGCUGUUAUUCAACAACGGGUGUAAAAUGAAUUCAUGCCCUCCCCAUGUAAACAAAGUACCUGAAGGCAGAUUCAUGUGCUGCUUAAAAACUAAGCACUUAUUUAAAAUGGUCGCAAUGUUUGGCAUGAAUGUUCGGUAUAAUUGGGGUUUGGUUUUGAUUUUAUAGCAAAUGAUUCGUCAGGUGAUAAGCACUCCCACACCCUGUAUGGGUAUCUGUUGUUAGCACAAGAUAUGAUGUUUUAAUAUGGCAGAGGUAGAUAAGGAAAGAAUAAGAGUUUAUAAUAUAAACUGUUUUACAUUUUAGGAGCUCUACUACUUCUAACUACUGUAUAACACAUCAACCUUUUAGUGUCAAGACAAUAUACUCUGCUUUUAGCUCUUGUCAGAAGGUACUUGCCGACCUCAGGUUGUGUUGAGGAAAAGAAUAUAUAUUAUAUAUUUUGCAUUUACCUCUUGUUAUUUAGUACAGCUAUGGAGAGUGGCUGUGCUGUAUGUGUUAACAGCAUUAUAGAAAUAUUUUCGGCAAUAGUUGGAGAAAACCCCCCUUGUAUACCGAUAAAUAUGCUCGUGUCAGUUUCUCAAGGGAUUUUCAUCUUGCAUUGUUAGAAUAUACAGUUAUGCUGGACUCUUUUUCAUUUUUUGUGUUUCCAUAUAACAAAAAAAUGUGAUACUGCAACCUUUUUAUAAUAAAGUGGUCAUGUCAA